AUGGUGAAUCUAGAGCUACGCCGACAGGUCAUCAAUGUCUAUAAAGGCCGAGAAUAUCCUCUGGGGUAUCAGUAUUUCCGGGAUCGGUUGCACCGCGCUUUUGCAAGCCAAACCCAGAUUACCGAUGAUGAGCAGAUCCGCCAGGGAAUAGCAAGGGCUGAGUUUGUGAAGAAAGAAGUGGAAGCACUGUAA